UGGGCUCUCUUUAAAAUUGUAGAUAAAGUAAGUCGCAUGUGUUUUUCUUAGAUGAGGCCAUAGUUACUAUAUGGAAAAAAUCAUCUAAGUAAGCAUUCACUACAGGUUUGAAAAGCUUAAUUUUUUCAGAUCUCCGUCAAUUUCCAACCGAUUUUUCCAUUUGAACAAUUAAAUAUCAAUUCUGAAUAAUUAAUUAUGAAGAAAGAAUGUUCCAAAUAACUAAAAAUUCGAAACGAGUUAGAUCGAAUCAGAUUAUAAAUUAUUUUCUCAUCAGACAGGAACAUUAGAUUUGAUCAAAAUCAUAAUUAACUAAACUUCCCGUGACACGUUGAAUGUGUUUGCAUUUGUUUGUACGCUGGGCACGUAAAGUACGCGAGAGAACAUUUUUACGGUGGUUUCUGUAUGGGAAACAUGGGAGGCCAUAGGUCCAUGGCCUCUCAUCUCCCAUACGGGAAGUAAGGUGCCCAGUAUAAAACCUGCUUUCACAUACUUUGAUGGCUUGCUUCCUGCAAAACGUGCACUGCAUUGAUUAAAAGGAACAAAAGUAGUAAUUUUAUUUAGAUCCUGGCCUGGUUGCAACUGGAAUACUUGAAAGUAUUUUUUUAUUAUCUAUAUCAUAUCAAGAAACUACAGAUGUAAAUUAUACCGGCUUGGAAAUACCCACAUGCUUCUUUCUCGUUAUCUCGUUCUCCGAUGUAACCAAAUAUUAGUUUACUACAUGUUUCUCGUUCCCGUUAUCGGGAAAGUAGUUCCAUUUCAUUAAUUAAUUUGAAAGGUUAUUUUCUGUUGCCAUUCUUAGUUUGUAUCGAAUCAAACCAGUUCAUGCUUAGCAUCUAGCAAAGAAAUUCUUUAUGCCUUUGUCGUCUUAAACGCAAUGAGAAUAUAAAAUUAAAAGUUAGCAUAAUAAAUAUAUACGAAAUUAUUCGUUUUUUUAGCAAAAUGACAACUCAACAAUUUGAAGUCGGUAAUUAUCAUGGUUUGCAUGGGACGACGCCAGCUAUUAAAGUUGUGCAAGCUACAAAAUCUUUGUAUGAUUUCUAAUCAUACAAAAUAAUCUUUGAAUCUAAUCUUUGAUAAUCUUUGAAUGAUUUUGUCUUCAAAAGUUUGGAUUUAACAGUGGAAAAGGGGACAAUGUAAGUAGAAAUAAAAAAUUGAUCUUUAGUCACAUUUAGUACUCUCAGUGGUAAUGAAGUUGGGUUUUCUAUAUCUAAAAUAUUUACAGAUAUGGACUCCUUGGCCCUAGCGGUUGUGGUAAAACCACGCUAAUAUCAUGUCUCGUUGGAUUGCAAAAAUUGAAUUGUGGACGGAUUGAAAUCAUGGGCAGAAAUAUCGAGACAUAUGAAAAUGGCAUCCCUGGAGGUUUGCUUGGAUAUAUGCCUCAAGAACUUGCACUCUAUAAUUCAUUCACUAUCUUAGAGACGUUCAACUACUAUGGUUUUUUGCACGGCAUGACGCAAAAGAAUAUUUCCAUGAAAUUGGAUAAAUUUCAGAAGCUUUUGAAUUUGCCUGGCUUGGGAAAAUAUGUUAAUCAAAUUAGUGGAGGAGAACAACGCCGAGUCUCCUUGGGAGUCGCUUUAUUACAUGACCCACAACUUUUAAUCAUGGAUGAGCCUACCACAGGUGUCGACCCACUUUUGCGGGAGCGCAUUUGGAAGCAUCUUCUAGAUUUGGUGGCAACGGUGGGCACAAGCGUAUUAAUUACGUCGCAUUAUGUCGACGAAACUCGAAAUUGUACAAAGAUUGGCUACUUAAGAAACGGAUCUCUCCUGGUUGAGAGCCCACCUCUGGAAUUACUACAGCGAUGCAACGCCAUCAGUUUGGAUGACGCUGUCCUUCAUCUAUGCAAAUGCCGAUCUUCGCCUCCUGAAAAUAAUAACGAGAAUUGUGAACAAUUUAUGCGAGUAGCUGAAUCGAAUAGCAUGAUAUCAAGAUUCCCCCAUAUUAGAAAUUUUCAAGAGGAAGUUGUACAGAAAAAAUGUCGCCGUGAACGCAUUCUUAAGGAGUUUAAACAGAUUUAUGCCCUCUCGAAAAGAAAUUGGCUAAUUUUCAUGCGAUAUCCUUUGAUGGCUUUCAUGGAAUUGUUGUUUCUCGUGUCGAAUGUCUAUUUGUCUAUGUACACGAUGGGCAAUGAUCCGAUUGGAUUACGUCUCGGGGUUGUCAACAAUGAUCUGUUCAAUAGGAACAUGUCAUUAUUUAACGGCAAAUGUGAUCCUCAUCUUAACAAUAGCAACCAAUUAGCGACUCUGGAAUCCACUUUGCUUCUCCCAGAUAGCUACAGUUGCCAGUUCAUGAACAAUCUUGAAUUUUUGGGACUCAAAUUAAUGUUAAAGUCAACGGAUAUCGAUGCCAUAAAUUCUGUAAAAUUAGGACAAAUCGGCGGCUACAUCGUUAUCCCAUCCAACUUCUCUGAAAAUAUGAAAAACGCUUUGUUUUUCAAAUUCAUUCUGACACUGAGACAAUUCAAGGAUCUACCGUUGCUAUCCGACUAGAUCAUUCUCAUUUUAUGAACGCAUAUUUUAUCCAUCAUACAAUAUAUGCCGCCAUGCUGAGGCUAGGAGAGCAAACCGCAACGAGAUAUGGGAUUGAUAAGCGGGUAGUUAGUUUACCUUUGACGUUCAAAGCAGUUUAUGGAGACAUGUCUGACACAUGGAGCCGAUUCUUGUUACCUUCGACCUUGAUGAUAGGUUGGGCCUUUUUCUCGGAAGGGUUCGCUUUAUUGCACUUGCAAGACAGAAAUCAGAGGACUCUGGGCCGAACUUUGGUCACGGGUGUGUCCUACAACAAGGUUCUUCUCUCCUAUUAUAUCGCCGAUCUUCCCACAAUCCUUUGGCAGAUGGGCAUCAUGCUCGGUUUUAUUUGGUGGAGUCGUGGUGACCAAGUUCAAGGAAGUUGGGCCUUGAUCGUUCUUAUUUUCUAUCUUGUGCGUGCAUCAAUCACGGCAAUAUCCUUUCUGGCGGUGCAACCUAUUGAAAACCAGUUGAACGCCGUGAUCGUUUCAAUUUCAAUUUUGUGGUUUGCCAUUUAUGGGUCAGAUACGUUCUGGCCCAUUGAAACUACCGUUUGGUGGUACCGAAUAUUUUGCUACUGCCUCCCACCAACCUUUCCGUUGGGUGUGUUACGCUCCGUAAUGACGAGGGGAUGGGGAUUCUUGCAUCCUGGAGUUUUCAUCUAUGGGGUCUUUGCUCAAAUCAUGAGUCUAAGCGUUUGUUUUAUUCUCACUUUGUGGAUUGAGAAACGUCGAAAAAUUAAAUAAUUCAUAGAUUUUCGUGAAAUGUCGAUUUACUUAAGUAAGAUUAUUUUGUAGAUUAACGGAAAUAAAUAAAUAAUAAAAUUUGAUGACUCA